GGAAGUGACGUAGACAUAGCUUUACUUCCGGGUGCGCCCAGUUUACGCUUUACACAUGGUUGCAAGUAUUUUAGAAAUCGAGUAUUUGUAUUAAGUUGCCAGGCUUUGCCGAAACUACUCGUGGUAUAAUUCGCAGGUGUCCUUUUCUAACGUGAUUUCAACCUGGGAAUUACUUCUAAAAUGUGAGACCGCACGCAAUGCAUUGCUAGGCACGCGUCAAGCUGCAAUUAACCUAACUUCUUUUCAAUAACGGAAUGAGUGACCACUAAACAUGCUCACUUACUGUGUUAGACGACUCAUCUGGAGAUGUGAGAAUAUACCAAGAACCUCACACUGCUGCAGGGUAGCUUUUUCACGUCAGCACUGCAGUACUGCAACUCCUGUCAGGUCUGUCGCUGAGGACUCCGACCAUACCAAAACACUGAUGCAGCUAUGCACUGACAGGUAUUACAUAGCUUCUGGCCAACUUCAUAGAGAUUCUUUUCAGCGCGGAACCAACUGUGGAUAUGGACCACUUGGUAUGGAACUUAAAAAUAACAUUCUUGAACAGUGGUGGAACUCUGUGAUAGGGUUCAGGGCCGAGGUGUUUGGGAUAAGCACUCUACACGCUAGUAAGAACAGAACUACCGAGAGGGAUGGACAAUUGAGGGUUGUUGACACCGAGAACCUACGUCAAAUACUUUCCCAGCGAGAGCUAAGUAAGGACCAACUUAUUCAGAAGCUACAGACCCAUAUCCAGAAUGGUGCAUCUCUUCGAACUAGUCUUUUCCAAGGUGCUUUGGAGCAAUAUGUGCCCUCUUUGGAACUAGUGAACCGAAAGUUGCCGUUCGGCCUGGCUGAGACCGGAUUGUGCUUCCAGCCAUCAGGUGGACCUAGUUGCCCAGAUGAAGUUACCCAGUCCUCUUUGGUGUGGUUCUGCUCGCCCCGCACCUCCUCACAGUGGUUGGACUACUGGGCACGGCAUCGGCUGCAGUGGUGGAGAAAGUUUGCCCUGGGCCCGUCCGACUUCAGCUGCAGUGACAUAACAGAAGAGGAGCUGGCAGGCCGGGCGUCUCGUGGUGUGAAAAUUGUGUACAAUUUCCCAUGGGGCCAAGAGGCCCUGGAGACUCUGUUGAGCCGAGGGGAUGCGGAGUUGCUGCAGACACACAAGAGCGCUCGCAACAAACUACAGUGCCUAGAUGGAAGGAAGUCAGUCGUCCCCUAUGCCAUCUCCGUAACUGGAAACCUAGAGCGAGGAGUGUUGGCGUACCUGUACAACUCACUCCAGCAAGUGAAGAAAGUCGACAGCAAACAGAGGCUACAGCAGAGAAAGGUUUUGAAGCUCCAUCCUAUUUUGUCUCCAGUCAAAGUGGCCUUGGACAUGGGAAGGGGAGCCACUGUGGAACUAAGACAGGUUUGUGAAGGCUUACUGAAGGAGUUCUUGGAAGGGGGAGUCUCUGCAUGGCCUGGAUAUCUUGAAACCAUGCCAACCUCAAUGGAGCAGCUGAACACAAAGUAUGACGAGAUGGGGGUGCUGUUCACUGUGGUGAUCAGUGACAACACUCUUGAGAGUGGCCUACUGCAGGUGCGAAGCCGCGACACCACCAUCAAGGAGACCAUGCACAUCUCCGAGGUCAAGAACUUUCUGGCCAGAUACAUAUCUGCUGCACAGAACAUAUGAGGGAGUAAUAUUAAUGUCCCGGGUGAACCGGGUUAGCAUGGAUUACAUUUGUUUUGGAACCGGACUGCCUCCCGGGCGUGAGCCAGGUGCCCCAUUUUAGCCGUUGGUGAAUUCAGCUUUAAACCGAAGGGAUGUAGAUUAAGCAACAAUACUAGAUGUUAUAUGGAUCUGAACGAUGCUGCCUUGUUGACAACAUGGCCGAGUGUUGCAGAUUACUGUUUUAUUUGAGAAGGGUGCUCCUCCCUCACCGCUUUGCCCAUUCACGUCACAUGCCAUAGCACGGUGCACUUAAUCAAACUCCCUCAUUGAUUGAAAACUGACAUUUGGCAAAAUGUCAAAGUAGACUGUCAAAGAAUGGGGUGGUGGGCCCUCAUGGGCAGCAGGAAAGCUGUCUAUAUGUGUUUGUUUUGGAUAACUGUAGCUCAAAGCCAAUUUGACUAUCUAGGAUACUAUAUUAAAAGUUGUUAAUCAUU